GAUGGGCUCUUGGUUCCCUUUUUUGGCAGACUGGUGUCAACGCCGUCGUCUCGCCUUCCUAGUCUCGCCUCGUCUUCGGAUCCGCUCCUCUCCGUUGCUCGAGGCGACGCAUUAAUGGAGGAAUGCUUGGGGGCUGGGAGGCGACGCGGUAGAAAUUGGCUCCCUGUUGCCUUCCUCUCUCCUCCAACCGCGAACAGAGAUGGCCUAGGCGAAAGCUCCCCUCUAUUCCUCCUCGGACAGGCCAUCGACCUCGGCCUUGUGCUGCGCGGUGAGGCGACUAGAGCUGCUGCGCCACCCACCUGUUCGACGGAAUGGCUCGCAGCAAGGACCGCUUCGAGGACCUGCCGGACGACGUGCUCGAGCUGCUCUUGUCGUUCUUGCCCACGCGAGAUGCAGUGAGGACAUCCAUGCUCGCUCCCCGCUGGCGCACCCUAUGGAAGUCCGUGCCAGCCUUGCGCCUUGACGGUUCUCAGUUCGAGAGUGCCCAGGUUUUCAGCAAUUUCGUCAAUAAGCUGCUUGAGCACCGUGACAGAACAUCCCAUCUUCAUGAAUGUGAGAUCUUUUUUAUUUCAAAAUACUACUAUGGGAGGUUCGAUCGUGAGGACAAAAACGGUAAGGCACGCCGUGAAGUUGAAUCGUGGGUCCAGUAUGCUGUCUUGUGCCGAGUGCCAGUGCUUCGAGUUCUAAACUGGGGUGAUAAUUAUAUGGAGUUAUCCAGCAGCAGUGUCAUCUCCAAGCACUUGACAAGGCUAGAGCUUUAUCAGCUGGUAUUUUACGAAGGCCCUCUAGAUCUUUUCAGCUGCGAGGCACUAGAGGUGUUAGAGAUGGAGGACUGUACUAUCAACCUUGGGGAUAUCUUACCCAAAUCUUUACGACAUCUGAAAGCCAGGGAAUCAAGAUUUUUUUCCUGGGACUGGAAAUGGGAUACACGACGCAAUUGCAUUUCUGCUCCAGGUCUGCUUACCUUUGAACUAGCUGACUGUGUGGGGUGGACUCCGUUGCUUGAGAGCCUGCCAUCAUUGGUGACAUCAUUCAUCAGGAUUAACAUGAAUUGUGAAGAUGUUUGUAUGUAUAAUGAGUACCGUGGGGAUUGUGGUGAUGGGUCAUGUGAAGGAUGCUAUGGUGAAGAUGGUCGUUGUCUACUUCUUGAAGGGUUGGCAUCUGCUACGAAUUUAGAGCUGAUAAGUGAAUAUUCUGUGAUUUUCAGAAAGGACUUGAGAUGGAACCCUAUGUUUAGCAAGCUAAAAACUGUGUUGUUCAAUGAUUGGUGUCUGACUGCAAACUUUGCUGGACUACUUUACUUUCUUCAGCACACACCAAUUCUUGAAAAGCUUGCCCUUCAACUUCCAUCUCACGAGUAUUUGGACAUCAUAUCAAGUGGAAGCUACAACCCAGCAGAAUAUUUCUUGGUGUCGAAGCAUCUGAAGGGUUCAGUUUCGAGCAGCCGAAGUAGAUCAGAUGGUCUACUAUUCCUGGUUAUUCAGGCUUUGGUGUCCCUGAAUCAAUGUUGGCAGCAUAGGCUUUCUACGUUUUGUCUACCUGGAUCGUGCGCAUGUCCUGUUCCAUCCAUAUGCAGGAUGAACUCCCGUCGAGACGCAGUUUGAGUAGGUUCAAAUGUCGAUGCAGUAAUGUUGCACCUUUGGCCGGUGUCAGGCCUCGACUGAUUUACCUAUUGAAGGCCUAUGAUCUAUUAUAUGUUUAUAAGCAACUUGUAUGUCUAGCUUAACUUGUGUAAAAUGGUACCUGCACUGUUAUAUGGAGUAAACAUUCAUGA